GGGAGAAGCUCCAGAGUUUUGGGGACUACCCUAGGAGGUAUGGGGAGUAGAUUCAGAUGCAGAGGUCUGGGGACUAGCUGCAGGGGUUUUGGUACUACUUUCAGAGGUCUGCAACCAAUUAUCAGAGCUCUGGGAACAAGUUGUAAAGGUAUGGGGACUAGCAGCAGUUGUUUGAGGCCUAGCUACAGAGGUCUGUUGGCAGAGCGCAGUUUGUGUAAGAGUCAGUAGUUUCACAGAGUUGCCUGUUCUGGGGUUGCCCUUGGAUGGCCUUUUGUUUUGCAGAUGCCUCCGGAAACACCCUCUUACUAAAGCCAAAGCCCCAGAUUGCUAAUCGCAAUUGCAAUCAGGGAACGUAGUGCAGACCCCAACCUCAAGUGACAAAGAAAGAUUUAGCACUGACAGAAACUCACCUUACUUCCAGGUGUGCUGUGGCCCAAAAUAAAUACAGGCCACAGUUUCAAGUGGGGUAGCAGGUCAACAAGUCUUAACUGACAACGGUAUAAAAUUCCAAAAUCACAUCAAAUUGUGGUGAUCAGCGCCUUUAUGCCUGCACACCCCUGUGUCACACACAUCCACCAGUCAGCUGAAGGAAUAUCUAUGCUGGAUUUUCAAACGAAAAGGAUGUGCAUUUACUCACCAGUAGAAGAGAUCCAGUCCGUCCACAGAGAGACAGCCGGUUAGCUUGCCAACUCCUGGCAACAAGACAAAAAGUCAUUCAUAGUUGACACGUUCUACAGAACCAGAUUAUUUUCCAAAUUCAUCCUUCACUCGGUAAGUCUACCAUCAAACUGUUCGUCUCCCAGGCCAUUCAAUCACUGGAGCUGACUGCAGCACACUGGCCAGACUACGGGAGGUAAUUCUGAUGUUUCCAGAGAAUCACUAAGCUUGUUUAUGAGUUGCAAGAAGUGUUGCAUGGUUUUGUUUUUUUUGGCCAACUUUUAUAUUAAGUCUAAAACUAAACAAUUUUUGAUUGUUUGUGUGCUGGGAUCCCAAAAGAGGAGUGUUUGUUGAUAUUUGAAAUGAGAUAAAGACUCAUUCAUUGGUGGUUGAACAGUGGGUUUUAUAUUGAGCACUGAAUGUAUAAUACACUGUGGUGAACUCCAAAAUAUUAUGUGCUUUGUGUUUUUUGUUGUCUGCUGGAGCCUUUUAGAUAUCUGGUUGUUUGAGAUAUCACUGCCAAAUAAAACCAGUGAAAGCAGAAAUAGAAAUCUUGUAUAUUCAGUAAAUUUUAGUUUUUCUAUCAGUUCCCAGCAGCAGAGAGAAGAGUCCCCUGUACCCAGCUGUCUGUCCAUGAAGAGUGAUCGGUCUAAGGGUCGUUGGAUUGACUUCAAAGAUGGACGCCCUUCUUAUGACGCAGUAGUGGACCAGGAGAGCUCAGAGGUUCCCAGUGGUCAGUCUGCCCAGCAGCUUCAAACACACCUGGACUCCAUAUUUAUGCUGCUGGAGGAGAACAUCGUCACUUUUGUGAAGAACGAACUGACGGAGAUCCAGAAAGUUCUGAGUUCAGAUUACCCAGAAUGCUUCAAGAGUCAGAGGGAGGAUGAGGAGGUGCUGGACGGUGAGGAUGAAGAGCAGAGGAGGAGGAGCAGAGAGGCUUUUUUGAAGAUCACACUGCACUUCCUGAGGAGAAUGAAGCAGGAGGAGCUGGUUGACUGUCUGCAGAGCAGAAGUUAUUCUGCAGUUUGCCAACAUAAACUCAAAUGUAACCUGAAGAAGAAGUUCCAGUGUGUGUUUGAGGGGAUCGCUAAAGCAGGAAACCCGACCCUUCUGAAUCAGAUCUACACAGAGCUCUACAUCACAGAGGGAGGGACUGCAGAGGUCAAUGAUGAACACGAGGUCAGACAGAUUCAAACAGCAUCCAAUAAACCACAAAAAACAGAAACAACAAUCAGACAAGAAGACAUCUUUAAAGCCUCACAUGGAAGAGAUGAACCAAUCAGAACAGUGAUGACAAAGGGAGUGGCUGGCAUCGGGAAAACCGUCUUAACACAGAAGUUCACUCUGGACUGGGCUGAAGACAAAGCCAACCAGGACAUACAGUUCAUAUUUCCAUUCACUUUCAGAGAGCUGAAUGUGCUGAAAGAGAAAAAGUACAGCUUGGUGGAACUUGUUCAUCACUUCUUUACUGAAACCAAAGAAGCAGGAAUCUGCAGGUUUGAAGAAUUCCAGGUUGUGUUCAUCUUUGACGGUCUGGAUGAGUGUCGACUUCCUCUGGACUUCCACAACAAUGAGAUCCUGACUGAUGUUAAAGAGUCCACCUCAGUGGAUGUGCUGCUGACAAACCUCAUCAGGGGGAAACUGCUUCCCUCUGCUCGCCUCUGGAUAACCACACGACCUGCAGCAGCCAAUCAGAUCCCUCCUGAGUGUGUUGACAUGGUGACAGAGGUCAGAGGGUUCACCAACCCACAGAAGGACGAGUACUUCAGGAAGAGAUCCAGAGAUGAGGAGCAGGCCGGCACAAUCAUCUCCCACAUCAAGACAUCACGAAGCCUCCACAUCAUGUGCCACAUCCCGGUCUUCUGCUGGAUAACUGCUACAGUUCUGGAGGAGGUGUUGAAGACCAAAAAGAGAGGAGAGCUGCCCAAGACCCUGACUGAGAUGUACAUCCAUUUCCUGGUGGUUCAGUCCAAAGUGAAGAACAUCAAGUAUGAUGGAGGAGCUGAGACAGAUCCACACUGGAGUCCAGAGAGCAGGAAGAUGAUUGAGUCUCUGGGAAAACUGGCUUUUGAGCAGCUGCAGAAAGGCAACCUGAUCUUCUAUGAAUCCGACCUGACAGAGUGUGGCAUCGAUAUCAGAGCAGCCUCAGUGUACUCAGGAGUGUUCACACAGAUCUUUAAAGAGGAGAGAGGACUGUACCAGGACAAGGUGUUCUGCUUCGUCCAUCUGAGUGUUCAGGAGUUUCUGGCUGCUCUUCAUGUCCAUCUGACAUUCAACAACUCUGGUGUCAAUCUAAUGGCAGAAAAACAAACAACCUCCUGGUGGUCUAAAGUCUUCAGAGAGAAACCUGAACCAACCCAUCUCUACCAGAGUGCUGUGGACAAGGCCUUACGGAGUCCAAAUGGACACCUGGACUUGUUCCUCCGCUUCCUCCUGGGUCUCUCUCUGGAGACCAAUCAGACGCUCCUACGAGGUCUACUGACACAGACAGGAAGUAGCUCACAGACCAGUCAGGAAACAGUCCAGUACAUCAAGAAGAAGAUCAACGAGGAUCUCUCUGCAGAGAAAAGCAUCAAUCUGUUCCACUGUCUGAAUGAGCUGAAUGAUCGUUCUCUAGUGGAGGAGAUCCAACAGUCCCUGAGUUCAGGACGUCUCUCCACAGAUAAACUCUCUCCUGCUCAGUGGUCAGCUCUGGUCUUCAUCUUACUGUCAUCAGAAAAAGAUCUGGAUGUGUUUGACCUGAAGAAAUACUCUUCUUCAGAUGAGGCUCUUCUGAGGCUGCUGCCAGUGGUCAAAGCCUCCAACAAAGCUCUGCUGAGUGGCUGUAACCUCUCAGAGAGAAGCUGUGAAGCUCUGUCCUCAGUUCUCAGCUCCCAGUCCUCUAGUCUGAGAGAGCUGGACAUGAGUAACAACAACCUGCAGGAUUCAGGAGGGAAGCUGCUGUCCGCUGGACUGAAGAGUCCACACUGUACUCUGGAAAAACUCAGUCUGUCAGGCUGUCUGAUCACAGAGGAAGGAUGUGCUUCUCUGGCCUCAGCUUUGAGCUCCAAACCCUCCCAUCUGAGAGAGCUGGACCUGAGCUACAAUCAUCCAGGAACCUCAGGAGGGAAGCUGCUAUCUGCUGGACUAGAGGAUCCACACUGGAAACUGGACACUCUCAGGUUGGAGCCUGCUGGAGUCCGAUGGUUGACACCAGGUCUGAGGAAGUAUUCCUGUGAACUCACACUUGACACAAACACAGUAAACAGAAACCUCAAACUGUCUGACAACAACAGGAAGGUGACAUAUGUGGAGGAGUUUCAGUCAUAUCCUGAUCAUCCAGACAGAUUUGACCAGUGUCCUCAGCUGCUGUGUAGAACUGGUCUGACUGGUCGCUGUUACUGGGAGGUCAAGUGGAGAGGAAGACUUGUUUAUAUAUCAGUGAGUUACAGAGGAAUCAGCAGGAGAGGAAAGAGAGAAGACGGUAUGUUUGGAGAGAAUAAUCAGUCCUGGAGUCUGUGGUGCUCUGAUGAUGGUGACUACAUCUGGCACAAUAACAGAAUAACACCCUCCUCCUCUGGUAGAGUAGCAGUGUAUGUGGACUGUCCUGCUGGCACUCUGUCCUUCUACAGAGUCUCCUCUGACACAAUGAUCCACCUCCACACCUUCAACACCACAUUCACUGAACCUCUUUAUCCUGGGUUUGGGUUGUGGUUCAGGUCAAGGUCUGUUUCCUCAGUGUAUCUGUGUUCUCUGUAGGAGGGAGAGUCUCCUCCUGUUAGAGAAACUGUUGUAAAUGCAGUUGGAGCAGGUGAGGGGUACCUGAGCUGGGCUGGACUCUGGGGGGUUGAGAGCUCUCUGGGACUUUUGGUGUUGCCGAUGGACGGCUGAAGGAGCUGAGCGAGGUCGAUGUAAUUACCUGAAAUGAUCUGUUGUCUGAGCUGCACGGUGGUGCAGUUAGCACUGUUGCCUCACAGCUAGAGGGUCGCAGGUUUGAAUCUGGCUUGGGGCCCUUCUGUGUGGAGUUUGCAUGUUCUCCCGUGUUAGCGUGGGUUUCCUCCGGGUUCUCCGGCUUCCUCCCACAGUCCAAAGAAAUGCAGGUUAGGUUAAUUGUUGACUCUAAAUUGCCUGUAGGUGUGAACGUGAAUGGUGUCUGUCUCUAUGUUUUAGGAUAAUAAUAAAUGAUGCUGGAAACCACAUAUAAACCAUGUCAAAGCAAUAAUGUAAAAAUCUAUCACAACACUGUAUAAAAUGGAGGAUUUGUGAAUUAAAGCUUCAUAAUUCAUGUUGUAUUGUUCACUUUUACUUCCAUACUUCACUGACUGUGUGGUAAUUUUGGGAAACUCAUAGAAACAAAUCAGAUUUUUAUAUUUCAGAAGAGAGACAAAAGAAGUUUGAACCAAACUACUGAUCAAGAACCAACUCAGCUGUUUAUUAAAUGAAAGGCUGUAAAAUUCAGAGAGUUGGUGGAUUUCCAAACAGCACAGAUCAGGUAU